CUCGAUAAAGGCUUGGGGCUGGUUCGUCGUCGCGUCCUGUCGCGUCCUGUCGCGUCUCCUCGCAUCACCCAUCUGUCUGCUCCUCUUAGGCCGUCACCCGCAUUCCAACGGUUACAGUUCCCUUCCGCCCAACUAUCUCUCUGGCAUCACAGCCCAAUUGCUUUCUGAUUCUUUCCUCUGCAACUCGGCGAUGCAAGUAAGUUGCAUAUAGACGCUUCACUUGUCAUGGACCAGCGGAAUGGCACCCGGACUUCUGUCCAUCGCCAGCCUCUUGGCGACGCGACCAACCGAGUUAAUAAUGCAGCCAUUCUGAACGCGGCCCGCCACAAGCGCGUCGACUCCGAAAUCAGCGACAAACCCAAGCCGACCACCAGAGGCUAUUCUAACCCCGCUCUGUCCGCCUAUCCACCCCCUAAUGAUCACCAUCGCCGCUCUAAGCCGGCAGUCCCAAAGGUGGAAGAUCCAGGACCCGUUAACCACCGUCUGUCUGCAAUUACCCAGGACUCUCGCGAUACAAUCGAAUCACGGCGCGUCUCCCAGUUCUCAAAUGUCUCUUCGAAUGCUUCCACGACACGCCAACUCAAGACUCACAUCGGGCCAUGGCAAUUGGGUAAGACAUUAGGCGAGGGUACGUCGGCACGGGUCCGCCUUGCCCGGCACCGUGUUUCCCAUAAAUUGGUCGCCAUCAAGAUUGUUGCCAAGAGCAAAGCCUACCUCACCCAAUCGGGCAGUCUGGCAAACUUAGAUCAGAUGGAUGUCCGAAACCCAACGAGCAAGUCUGACGGCGGCCUUCCUCGGAUGCCCCUUGCUAUCGAGCGCGAGAUUGCUAUUCUCAAGCUUAUUGAGCAUCCCAACAUAAUUAAACUCCACGACAUUUGGGAGAACCGCGCAGAGAUCUACCUGGUCACCGAGUAUGUCGAAAAGGGCGACAUGUACGAUUUUAUGAACUGGAACGGUCCCCUAAACGAAGACGAGGCCAUGUAUUACUUCAGGCAGAUCAUGAGCGCUCUAGAAUAUUGCCACUCUCUCAAUAUAUGCCACCGGGACUUGAAGCCCGAGAACAUACUGCUGAAAGCUGAUGGCCAGGUCAAAAUUGCCGACUUUAGGAUGGCGGCAUUACAGCAAGACCCGGCCCAUCAGCUUAAAACAGCCUGCGGUAGUCCUCAUUACGCUGCGCCGGAAUUGCUCCGGCACCAGCCCUACAAGGGGUCGGCGGUGGAUAUCUGGAGCAUGGGAGUGAUUCUCUUUGCGAUGCUCGCUGGUCGGCUUCCUUUCGACGAAAAGAGCCUGGAACUCAUGGCUACCAAAGCCGUGCGGGGUGAGUUUGAAAUGCCACCGGGUCUUACCAGAGAGGCUAAGGACCUCAUCCGGAGGAUCAUCGUAACGCAACCGUCGCACCGGAUCACGAUGAAGCAAAUGUGGAGACACGCGCUCAUCAAGAAGUACAACUAUCUCGACGAUCUCCAGAAGCCAGAGGGGCGGCCCCGGACUGUUUUUCGGAACAUGGAAAUCCAGCCGAUCCUUGACGACGAUAUCGACCCCCAAAUCUUGAGGCAACUCAAAUCCCUUUGGCAUGGCUACUCAGAGGUGCAAAUAAGAGAGAAGCUCGGCCAGGAGAGGUCCAAUGAUCAGAAGCUGUUCUACUGCCUUCUGUACAACCACCGGGAGAAUCAGCUGGAAAACUACAACAACGAUGUCCCAAUCUCCAAGAGCGACCUGCAUCACGUCCGACCACAGACCCAUGGAAAGCGCAUUUCAACCUGCGAGUUCACGCAGCCAAGACGAGGUGGCCACGCGAGAAGCAUGUCCCGGUUCACUGUCAUUUCCAACUUCGCAGACGCGGAUGAGGUCGGCACAGUCCGGAGCUACGACCCCUUCAACUCAUCUCAGAUUUUGCAGCCUCGCAAUUCGCAAAUCAGCCAUGCGAGAAUUAUUGUCCAUCGCCAUGAGUCUGACAAAACAGCCGGCUCGGGUCCGGCCACGGUGUUACGUUCGUACCACUCGUAUAAGUCUGUCGGCAAUUCUUUCCAGCAGAGGCAGAGAAUGAAUUCCCAAAGAACAAAUACGACAGGACAGCUCAAGUCUCCCCGGAGCGAAGCGAGUUCUAUCCGUAGCCAUCAUAGCACACCCUGGGUUGCUCGGGUUAAGGUGAAUGCUCGCUCUAGGCGUGGCGUCGACUUCUCCAGCGUUCGGAACAAAGACAAUCGUCAGCAGCAUCGAAGCCGUACCAGCUCGAUCGCCCCGGCUAGCAUUGUAGGAGAUGAUACGACCUACGAUCGUUAUGCGUGUUCUCCGUCCAGCCCACGCAAGCAGCCAAAGUCUCACAGAACCGUUGGUACUAGAUCGAUGGUGGACGUUGGCAAGCCAAGGGAAGACAGCUUGAUCUGGAACGAGGAGCUGCAGCAGCUCAACCACCGUAUUGCCAAACACUGCGAUGAGGCCUUCGGUAGCUCUCUCAUUAUAUCAGAGUCUACAGGGGGGGUUGGUGAAGCUCGCGAGGCCAGCCCGUUCUCCCUCUCCUUGGGUACUCCCUCUGCCACUUGGCUGCCAGAAACACCGUGUCCCGCUCAGACUGGGAACCGGUCGUCGAGUCACCCUUGGGAUACCCGACCACUUCCUCCCGUUCCCUCUAACGAGACCGCAACUCCCGAGUGGAAUCGAACCGAAAGCGUCAAUGUCGAGCCACUGUUCUUAGCUCCAAGAUACCCUAAACUCGAUCCCAUUCAUAAGCUGUCAGCGUCGGAGCGCCGGGCUGUUUCUGAGCCAGUAUAUAAUCACGCUGGUCGGGACAUCAGACCGCUACCUUCCAUCUCUGAGAACACGCCAGAGGACUGGAGGCUAAAGAAUCUGAGCAAGCAUCAGAUUCUGGAUGCCUUCCCUCCGACGCCGAGUCCCGUGGUGAGCACUGGAGUAGACUAUCUGACCAGGGUGGAGAAUACCAUUCGAGUCGUCAACUCUCCCAUGGGAGCAGAAGCAGAGGACCCAGUGAAAGUACCCGAGCCUCUGAAUGUUCGAAAGGUGUCGCAAAUUAGACCAGAGGUUGCCAAGUCAACGCGGUCAGCCUCCCGCCAGAGCCAAGACGCAAACUUGCAACUCCAGGACGGCCAUAGUGGUGACAAUACUGCUCCAACCAAGAAACGAGUCGCCUCGUGGUUCAAGCGGUCCUCGAAAGAGGAUGCAAGCAACUCCAGUUUUGUCACCGUCGCGGACACGAGCUUUCAAUCAAAGGAGACGAGCAGCUACGCAAAUGACAAUCAGCCAUAUCGAUCAGACUCGCGGUCAACCGACCGAGCAUCGAUGCCUCAGGCGAGCAAGAAGAAGGCAUUCAGCUUUUCAUUCUGGAAGGGUGCCAAGAACGAGCCGGCAAUGUCGCUUGCAAGCGCUAAUUACGAGGAUGCGUGGUAUCCCGAAGAUGAAAAGUCGGUGCGACCAAAGCCAAGCAAAAAGGCUCUUAGCAUUGCUGGAAGCGCUGCCCAGAGCGUAUGGUGCGACAACGACGUGGGGACUCGAAAGAUUGAAGUCCACCAGAACUGGCUAUCUCGAUUGUUCCGGGUAAAGCCAGCGACGAGAUAUCUCUGCUUUACGGCGCCGAAGCGGCGAGCCCGUCAAGAAGUGGCAAUUCUGCUCAGGGAAUGGCGCAAGUACGGCAUCAAGGACGUGGAGACGGACAAAGAGCGGAAUAUUGUCUUUGCGCGUGUUAGCACAAAGAAUUAUCUCAACUUGAAAGAAGUUUCGUUCGCCGUCGAGCUCAUGACGGUGAUUGAGCAUGGCAAGCGAAACCCACUCAGCAUUGCCCGCUUCACGCAGGAGAGGGGGGCGGCUAGCAGCUUCCACAAGGUUGUCGAUGCGAUGAAUUCGACAUUCAGCAGCCGCGCUCUCCUCGUUACCGACAAGCGCAAGGCCGGUAUGAUGAUCAAGACGCUGAACUCGUAACCACGACGAUUACAGCGCGCCUCGCGCAUACAUGAUUUAGCUGUCUUCUUGUCGGGCGUUGGUGGAUUAUUUGUUACGGUGUGUCGAUUAUUUCACCUUGGGCUUUCUCGAGCAUCGGUGCUGUA